ACUCGCGGUUCCAUCGAUUCCCCCCUUUCCCCAUAUAUAUUCGCCGCAGAUCUCUCUCCCCUCGUUCCGUCAACACCUUUGCCUGCCGGAAAGUGCUUUCAAAAUUCAAAUCAUCCAAAGCACGGGGUUUUAAUUCCGCGCAAUUUUCCUUUUCCCCUGUUUUCAAUUGAAUAUUUUUUUUGCUUUUUUGUCAAAAAAGAAGAAGAAAAAAAAAAAGAAUUUCCCGAUUUUUCUUAUUCGUGGUGGAUUAGCAUCUAGGGUUUUGGAAUUCCGGAAUUCGCCAAACGCGCUCUUGAUCCUUUUUGUUGAAUUCGGCUAUGGCUGUCCCCACCUUUUAACAAUCGGGGGCGUUGGCUCUGGGGAGGAGGAGAUUGCCACUUGCUCUGGUUUAUUGCUCUAUUGUUAAUAAGCUGGAGCUAUCAAGAUGUCUGCGCUCAAUCGUAAUGGGAUCAAUCUGAUUAACUGCUUCUUUCACUUUUCUGAAUGGCAUCCUCUUGAACAGUAGAGUUGAUUGGGGAUUGAACCCCACAUCACAGUUUUUUAUUUAUAAGGUGUUGCUAAUUUUCAGGUGUUGAACCCACAUUUGUUGAUUUGAUUUAUAGUUUAGUCAGAUUUGUUUUUUGAUGUUCACAAAGAGACAGCCUGUUGUUAGAGUGACGGAGAUGGGUUGCUGUGGAUGUUUUGGAUUCUCGUUUUUAAGAAAGCCUAAAAAUGGGCCGAGACCCAACAGGGGAUUGGGAUUGAGCACCCACCCUUCACAGGAACCCUUGUUGGAUGAAGAUGUGGAAGAAGAUAUGGAAGACGAUGAUGUUGGCUCAUAUAAUGGUGAUGAUGUGAUUGAUACUGGUAAUGGAGAUGAUGGCGAAUAUCGGAGCCCAGUCAGGCGUUCUGAGGAUAUUCUCCUAAGCAGAGCUGAAAAUGGAUUUAUUUGUAGAGAAUUUCCUGUUAAGGAAACUCACAGAUUGGUGCGCUCAGAGGAUGAAAACGGGAGCAAGAUGGUUAAUGAAUAUGUUCAUAAAUAUAAGAUUGGUUCUGGUAGCUAUGGAAAAGUGGUUCUUUAUCAAAGCUCUCUAGAUGGAAAGUAUUAUGCUGUAAAGGCCUUUCACAAGUCUCACUUGCGUAAGCAGCGGGUUGCCCCAUCAGAGACUGCCAUGAGUGAUGUUCUUCGUGAGGUUUUGAUCAUGAAAAUGCUAAGCCACCCCAAUAUAGUUCACCUCUUUGAGGUGAUUGAUGACCCAAGAACCGAUCACUUCUAUAUGGUUCUUGAAUAUGUGGAGGGCAAAUGGGUCUUCGAAGGUUCUGGUUCACCAGGUGGUGGUCUUGGAGAAGUCACUGCACGCAGAUACCUGCGGGAUAUAGUUUCUGGCUUAAUGUAUCUUCAUUCUCAUAAUAUAAUACAUGGGGAUAUUAAACCUGAUAAUCUUUUAGUUUCUGCAACUGGCACAGUGAAGAUUGCUGAUUUUAGUGUCAGCCAGGCUUUUGAGAAUGGUGACGAUGAGCUCCGCCGGUCUCCUGGAACUCCUGUUUUCACUGCACCAGAGUGCUGCUUGGGUCUGACUUAUCAUGGAAAAGCUGCUGACACUUGGGCGGUUGGUGUGACCCUAUAUUGCAUGGUUUUGGGAAAAUAUCCAUUUCUUGGAGACACGCUUCAGGACACAUAUGAUAAGAUAGUAAACGACCCUCUUUGCCUUCCUGACGAUUUAAAUCCUCCUCUAAAGAAUUUGCUUGAAGGGAUUCUCUGUAAAGAUCCUAGGCAAAGGUUGAGUCUCCGGGAUGUAUCAGAACACGAGUGGGUCAUCGGAGAUCACGGAUCCAUACCUCAGUAUGAUUGCUGGUGCCAGAGAAUGAAACUGCAAAUGGACGCGUAAUGGCCACUUGGCGGAUACACUCUCACUCUCACUUUCACUUGAUGCUAACAGAAUGAAUUUUAUUGUACACUUGUUUAUUUGUGUCCAGUUUGCUGUCAUGUUUAAAGAAUGAUAACUAGGAAGAGGAGGGGGUGUUGUUUUGCUGAGGAAACUGAACAACAAGGCAAGCUUAUGUAAGUAAACACACAUAUGAGAGGGCUCCACUUUGUAGCUAAAUCAAAAUCCCUAAAUACUGGUCGGUCUUGAAGUCAUUUUGUUCUUCUGGAAAUACCAAAACUCCACAGCAUAAUUCUUGGUGCUCUAUAAGACACUACGAAGAUGCUGCUCUUUGCUUUUGUUUCAUCUUAUGUUUUUAUUA